GCGUCAGCCUGAAGAAGCCGGUGUUGUGCCAUAAAUCGACUCACUGCCAAAAAAUGAUUAGCUUAGUUUUUUCCAGUUCGGAAGUUGUUUUAAGUGUUGCUAUUUCUCUUAAACGUUCACAAUGAGGAUAUAUUAAUCUUUUUUGCAAUAUUUGCGAUUGAAAGAUGGUUUGUGGUAAGAACUGGCUUUCUUUAUGUUACAGCCUUGAUACUAAAAAAUAAAUAAACAAUGUAAAAUGGCGCCCUGUAUUGAAUGUAAACGUUGUAUAAAUGUAAAUUAACAAUUAUCCAGUGAUUUGAUUUUUUCCCCCUUCCUUUCUUUAGUGGCUAAUCAUUUUUUGGCAGCGAGUCGAUUUAUGGCACAACACCGGCAGCUGUCGGCGAAACCGUAGCUACAAACAGGUAAACAAAACUGUUUCUGUGUUUAAAAAAGAACGAAAGCAUGGAUUUACAAAGACACAGCAAGAACACACCUAAGAUGUUCAAUAUUUGUUUUUAUAUAAUGGAGGAUGAAGAUGAUUGUCCAGAGCUGGUGCCCAUCAGUGCCCAGCCUGGUCCCCCUGCUCAGCAGAUACCGGUCACCAUUAUUACUGGCUACCUUGGUGCUGGGAAAACUACACUCCUUAACUUUAUCUUAACAGAACAACACAACAAACGGAUCGCUGUCAUCCUCAAUGAAUUUGGAGAAGGCAGUGCUCUUGAGAAGUCUCUUGCUGUGAGUCAGGCAGGAGAGUUGUAUGAGGAGUGGCUGGAGCUGAGAAAUGGCUGCCUCUGCUGCUCAGUGAAAGAUAAUGGCCUGAAAGCUAUUGAAAAUCUAAUGGAGAAGAAAGGAAAGUUUGACUACAUCCUUUUAGAAACCACCGGACUUGCUGAUCCAGGAGCCGUGGCCUCCAUGUUCUGGGUUGACGCCGAGCUCGGCAGCGAUGUCUAUUUAGACGGCAUCGUGACCGUCAUCGAUGCCAAGUACGGCCUACAACAACUAAAUGAAGACAAAGCCAACGGACUCGUCAAUGAAGCAGCCAGACAAAUUGCUCUUGCAGAUCUCACUAUAAUCAACAAAACAGAUCUUGUAAAUAAGGAGGAACUGAAUCAAGUUAGAGACACUGUAAGGUCUAUAAACGGUCUUGUCAAGAUUGUGGAAACCCAAAGAGCCAGGGUGGAUCUCUCUGAAGUCCUUGAUCUGCAUUCUUUUGACAGUAUGGAUGGAGCAAAGCUCGCCGAGAAGCUAGAGCUGGCUAAACCCAUGAGACCGCAUCUGGACAAGAGUAUUUUAACGGUGACAUUUGAGGUGGCUGGAGAGCUCUCAGAGGACGCCCUGAAUGCUUUCAUCCAGGAUCUUCUCUGGGAAAAGAAGUUCUGCAACAAAGAUGGCGAACCCAUGACUGUCAUCCGGUUAAAGGGCGUCGUGUCGUUUGUAGGUAAAGCCCACCAGGUGAUGGUGCAGGGGGUCCACGAGCUCUACGAGUUUAAUGAGACUCCUCAGCUCUGGGAGGAAAACCUGCACGUCAACAGACUUGUUUUUAUAGGCAGGAAUCUGGACAAGGACGUCCUGCAGGAUCAUUUUGUUUCUACCGUGGUGCUGAAAGCAGAAACUCCAUAGAUAACAAUAUAUGCUUGUAUAUUUUUGUCUGCAUGACAGGGAGACGCAUUAGAAAAUGACUUGAGCUGUGAUGGUUUUACACAACUUGCCUUUAAAAACUACAGUUUAGAAGAGUUUUGUCUGCAGAAAUAUCUUACAUGAACUGCUAAGACUCGGGUUGUGAUAAAAUAUUUUAAUGUGUCUCGUUUUCAUCCUGCAGUUUUAAGUUAUUCAAAAUAAAAAUGAACUCUGAA